GAGAGCAGCUGUUCCUGCUUUACUUUUUUGUCGAACAGUCCUGGUGGUACGGUAUACGUUCGGGGUUUUUCUGGAAAGCGUUUUAUCUUUACGCUCGUUCGACAUUGUUCCCGAUUUCAGUUUAUUUGGCACUACACAGAUAACGACGCCAGUUGGAGUUUUGAACCGGCCGACUAGUCGGUCUUUAGGCGUCGUAGCGUUUAGACAUACAUAUUAGUGCCGUAGUUUUUUCACUUGUAAUUCUCAUUGGUUUUUUUCGCGAGUUCGCGAACUUGUUAUACAUUAUUUUUUAUGAUAUUUUCAUUUUUUUUUCAAUUUUUUAUCCGCCGGAAUAAGUAUUUAAAAUUUAGAAAAAAUAAUUCAUCCAUCGUAAUUUCACUGAUGUUUUGAUAGUUGGUUUCUGGUUUGUUGUGUGCAAUUUGUUGUGUGUAUCAGUUCGGUUCGAAUAUUCCGGAAGUGGUUUCGCGGAAAAGGCGAAUUUCUGUUCAUUCAUUUGAAGAUGGAUCAUCAUCAUCAUCAAAAUGGUAUUCGAGGAGCUCCUUCCGAAGUACCCAAUGAUCCAGGAAAAAUGUUUAUCGGAGGUUUAAGUUGGCAAACAACUCCAGAGUCAUUAAAAGAAUAUUUUAGUAAAUUUGGCGAAGUAACAGAAGUAAUGGUGAUGAAAGAUCCUACUACACGCCGAUCGAGGGGGUUCGGAUUUGUUACUUUCGCAGAAGCUUCUAGCGUAGAUAAAGUAUUAGCAAUUGUUACUCAUGAUUUAGACGGCAAAAAGAUCGAUCCAAAAGUAGCUUUUCCUAGAAGAGCACAUCCAAAAAUGGUUACCAGAACGAAAAAAAUAUUCGUCGGUGGAUUAUCCGCCGCAACCUCUUUAGAAGAUGUCAAAAACUAUUUCGAACAAUUCGGCUCGAUUGAAGAUGCUAUGUUAAUGUUCGAUAAACAAACGAAUAGACAUAGAGGAUUUGGUUUUGUCACCUUCCAUUCAGAAGAUGUUGUUGAAAAAGUCUGUGAAAUACAUUUCCAUGAAAUUAAUAAUAAAAUGGUGGAAUGUAAAAAAGCACAGCCUAAAGAAGUCAUGUUACCGGUUGCAGUUGCAAAAUCUCGUUUACCUGGCAGAGGGGCAUACGACUUUAUGUGGCCUUUAGGAACGCUACCAGAUGGUUUUCCAGCUGCAGCUUACGCAGCAUAUGCCACAAAUCGCGGAGCGUACUCCGGCUACCCUAGUUUUGGACUGCCAUACCAUCCAGCAGGAUACCCUAGUUACGGAUACUACCCAAAUCCUGGAGCAGCAGCUGGUGCUCCUGCUCCUCCACCACCUGUAACCACCACACCUAGUAAUGUUGAACGAGGCACAACAACGUAUUAUGAUUUCCAACAAAAUGCAUCAGCUCCAGCAAUUCGUAAUGAUUCGCCUUUACAUCGUGGUGAUUCGGGUCAAGUAAAUAAUACUGUAACUUACCGAUCCCAACGUAAAGCACCGCCACCUCAACCAAUACUGAUGCGCUCAGAUAUGUAUUCGGGGGACGAACGAGUUAAAACUUAUGUCACAGUUGACUUAACGAAUGGUCAGAUGACACCAAACAAUAACAAUCCAAUGUUAACGCAAGCACUUUCAGUUAUGAGCAAUUAUCAAGCUGUAGCAGCUCAAGGUUUUGCUCCACCAACUUCCCCUCACCAAGCCACAAAUAGAGCAGGAUACCCUGCAACGAAUACCUCACCAGGCCCUUUAACUGAAAUUUAUAAUUCAACUAACGCGGAAAACGUCGCCAAUUAUGUUCAAGCAGCAUCACCUCAACCAUCCGGAUUCCCUCCGAUCGGAGUAUCGCGAGCACCAAUCAGCUACAAUCCAGGCCCAUUAAUUCCAGCGGCUUUUACCAAUGGCUACCAUUGAACGUAUGCAUGUAAUAUUUAAGCAGUAAUUAAAAGCAAUACUUUCCCUGCAGGUACAGUGUGAAACGUUGUGCUGGCAGGUGUAUUAACGGAAGCAAUCUUUUUAAAAGCAAUAUAUUCCCAUUGCCAAUCCCUCUUCCCUUUUUAAUUUAUUUUUAAGGUGCAAUUAAUCUUCUUAUUUUUAAGGCACAUUAGUUAUCUUUAAGAAACCCUGCGUCAGUGUUAUUAUUUAUUCGAACAGUAAGUAUCAAUUGUUGUAUGUGUUAAACGAUAAGACGAUUUUUAAGAUUUUUUUGUACGUUUUAGUUAUGUUUUUUUGUUUAUGUUUUUUGCGAAACGAAAUACGUAAAGUUGUUUUUUGUUUUUAUCAUGACAGUUUCAGGUUAGCUAUAGGCUAUACUCUUUCACAUAAAUAUUAAAUAUCAUGAAAUAUAAACUCGUUCAUUGUUGUUGAAAAUAAACUGAACUGCAAUUCUUUUUUACCUGAAUUAUUUUUUCCUUUUUUUUUGCAAUUUUUUUCAAGUGUAAUUAAGAAAUAGGUAUUAUUGUAAAUUCAUCAACUUUGUUUAUUAAACGUGAAUUUAAAAAUUCAUUUCAAUUAACUGUACAUAAUUCCUGUGCUGUAACUUGUACAUUGAUGUAAAAAAAUUUACCUUUUUCAUUUAACAAAUUUCAUGUCGAGUAAUGUUUAAUUUGAUCUUAUGAUCUUGAAUCGUGUUUAAAUUAUUUUAAAUACUAAAUUUGACGAUAAUACCAUUUCAACUUCUCCCCACCCUAUUUUUUUGUCGUUUUGAUUUUUUAAAUUCCCUUUUUUUGUUUGUUUUCUUGUUUUGUUUGUUUGUUUGUUUAUUUUUUUAAUGGUUGAAAUAAAGUUAUUAUUAAUUACUUACCUACCCUACUUACCUACAUUGCAUGCGUGGUUUUAAUUUCGGCCAAAUUUUGUAUAAAUGAGCGAAUCGAAUAAAUUUUCAAUUUUUUUCCUUAGAUAUGUAAUUCUGUUUGAAGUAUUUUUAUUACACAUUCGUUGAUGAAAAAUAUAUUUAGCUGUGUAUCAGUUGAACGAAAAUUCUCCUUCGUGGCAGAAACAUUUUUUAACGAAAUUGUCAAAUAAAAGUUCCUAUUUGUUUUUAAUACAUUUUCGACGAAAUUAUUUUCCAUGUUCAGCUAUUAACAUAAUUAUUACCUACUGUGUUUUUUUUGUUUUUUUUUUUUUUGCGAACAAAAAAAAUGUUGAAAAAAAUGAUAAUCCUUUACAUACUCGCUUAUUGCAUAAAUUUAUACACUUAUCAAAAAAACAAAAAAAAAAAACUAUAAGCCUACUUCUGCUUGAAGGGUAAGACUGAAAAUGUAACGACAUGCAAUUGUAUGUUUUACGCAGGUUUCAAAUUAAACAUCUGUUUUGGUCAAUUUAUAACUUAUAUUUUUUGCCCCUUAUUUAUAGUAAAACUGGACCAUGGGUCUGUUAUUGCUCCUUCUGUUAAAAAUUGUUAAAAAUUAUAAUUUAUAAGUUAAUUGAUUCGACUAUAUUGUUAAGUGUGUAUUGUUUAUUUAACCGGAAAAUUGAAAUUGCGAACGACUAAACAAUUUAAUACCUAUACCUAACGAUAAAACAUUUACUUUUACGAAAUCUAUUCGGUUACUUCAUUUGGAAGGGGAAAAGUCGUUUUAAUUAAGAAUUGAAAUUUGAUACGAUUAGGCACGGGAUAUAAUUGCAAAAAAAUUUCGAAAAAUGGUACUUAUUUUGAUUUUUUUCCUAUGGAAGUCGAAUAGGUAAAUAAAUUAUUAUUAUUUUGUGUAUUAUGUUAUAUUAUAUUUCAUAUCUCUGUGAUCAACUCAAUCGUUUAUUUUGUGAUGUGUAAUAAAAUUUUUAAAUGAAAUGAUGCCUAAAAAGGAGAUGAAAAUUGAGUUGUGUUUGCGCACCGAAAAUUUUCCUAUUGUUUGUCGAAUUACGUUACGGAAAGUGUUUUCCAUCAAAAAUCGUCACUAUUAUGAACGAAUUUGUACGAUAUUUGAUUUCAUUGAUCUCAUAGUGAAAUUUUAUAAUAAAGUUAUAACGUUUAGUUAAUUUUUUCGAUUAAAAAAAAUUAAGACACUAAUUCGUCAUUUAACAAUACGUACAAUCGAUUUUUUGUUUUAUAAAAUAAACUCGUGUUUUUCUUAUACAGAGGCGUAGCGUAGGUUAGAAUUUUGUACGUUUGUGACAAUUUACGCUGUAAAUUUUUUUAUUGUUGAAUGAUAAAUUUCCUUGUCUUCCCAACGCUACGCCACUGCCUUGAAAUAGUUUUGGAAAAAAAAAGAUUUUUAUCAUUUGUUGGCUUUUUAAAAACAUCUCUAUGAAGUUUUUUCUUUUUUUAAUAUGUUGAUUAUUUUUUAAGUUUACAAAUUUUAAUUGUUAAGGAUUUAACGCUGUUUUCAUUUCUCUCUUUAUAAGAUACCUUAUUUUAUAAGAAUAAAAAGACCAGAUUUUAAUACGAAAUGGAGUAUCGUGGUUUUCAAAAUAUUUAUGUACGUUAUUGAAUUAUCUACAUAGGUAAAAAUGUAAGAUAACAGAAUGCUUUUGGUUUUUUUUUUUUCAUUUCGUUUUUCUUUCAUUUCAAGUAAUCAUAAAUUAUUUUAUAAUUUUUACAAAUUAGCGUGCCGAUAUCAUACUGCUAUAACAGAAACUUAAGUUUUAUUUAUUUGGUUUUUUUUUCAUUCCAUCAACUUUUAUUUUAUGUGCAGCGUUUGAAAAUUUGUACAGUUUAUAGCGUAUUAAUGAAAUCAUUGAAUCAUGCACCCGUGUGUAUUUUAUGCGCAGAAACAUAAGAAAUUUCCGCCGCUUUUACGUAUUUGAAAAAAUUUUCAACACUUCAUUGUAUACAUACCAAAUGUUACAAAUGUGUUCUUAUUUAUUUAUUUAUUUAUUUUAAGAAAUUUUUUGUUACAGUUUUGUGUUUUUCUACUUCAUUUUUUGGGUAUAUAAUUAAUAACGUUAUUUUGUUAACUUAUGUUUUGUUGUGCUUAAGUUAUAAUUUAACCUGAGGUACCUAAGUAUAUAUUGAAUGCCGAUCACCUGAACAUUUUCAGUUUUAAACAAAUUGUAUCAUUUUCCUAGUCAAAUAUUUUUUUAAGGUUAUACCUGUUCAUAUGUAUAGGUAUCUGCAUGAUAAAGUGAAUUGAAAGGUAAAAAAAAAUUAAAACAUAUUUCGAUGAUGAGAUAAAUGGCAUUCAUAACCAUCUCUUAUUUUAUGCAAUAAAAAACGAUAACUUUCAAUUUCAAAAAUAUCCUGCGUAUUAGAAGCAUUUACCCCCUCCCCAAAAAAAGCAAUAUAAUUCGUUAUUUGCGCUGGAUAAAUACUGAUUUUGAAAUGGUGCUUUAUUUUUUCAUGUAAUUCCAUCGUAUAUACCAGUUGAGUUUAAUUUAUGAAUUUCCAUCUUUUUUUUCUGCCAAUAAAAUCAAAAAAUAUAAAUGUCAACUUACAAAGUUGACAUUAGCUCAGUUGAAUGUUAUUAUAAAGAAAACUCCUACAUGUUACCUUCUUUAUUUUUAUAUUUACAAUAAAAAAAUAGCUUUCAUUUAGAGUAGAUUGGUUGAAAUAUCUAGAGAAAAAAACUACCUAAUUAGAAAAUUUUUCUUCAAUAGCAAUGAAAAAAUGCGCAAGUUUUUUUUUUUUGUAAAUAUACUGAUUAAAAAAUGAAUAAAAUUUUGAGUUACCAUUUACAUUUUAAAAUGUACGUAUGAAAAAGCAAUUGUAUUUAAAAAGAUGCAGAUUAUUACGUUAUCCUAUUUUUAAUUUCUUCAAUGUAUACCUACUUACAGCAGAAUAAGAAGCAACGAUUGAGCAGCAAUACUGUUUUUAAAAAAUUGUUUUACGCUUUGUUUUUUUUUCUUUGGUCAACUUAUGUUAUUUGUUCAUUCGUGAUUUUUUUAUCGAUAUAUUACGAAUUCUAUUUUCGCUUUUGUACUAUAAGUAUUACUGUUAAUUCACUUUUUUUUUUUUUUUUUUUUUUUUUUUAAAUGAAAAGUAAAGCAAUAAUGAUAAAAUUUCAAAGAUCUCUUUGUAAUAUUUUCGAAUACAAAGUUUUGAAAUUUUUCAUCAUAUUUUUAAAGGUACCGAUACUCCAAGAUUUUUUUCUAUUUUCUUUUGUUACUUAUCGUAUUUAUCGGGUAUCAAAUUAAUACCUUGAUUAGGGAAUUCAAUAAAGCAUAAGCAAUAGUAAAAGUAAGCCAUCAUCGUAUCUGUUAAGUUUGUAUUUAUAAGUACAUAAUAUAUUAAUAGUUGAAUUAUUUGAGUAAUUCUUUGUAUAUAUGAGUUCCCUGUUGAUUAAAAACCUUUGUAACGAUUAUGUUAUAUUGAAUAAAAAGACUUCGCUGUUC